AUGGCACCAGCUACCUCCACACAUUCGCAUCCGAGCGGCAACGCCGUCACUUCGGUCACCCCUGUCAACCUCUUCGCUCUCCUCUUCGAGAUCCUCAUCUUCAUCCUCGUCGUCCUCAGCAUCGUCGCCGCAGUCCGUCGGUACUUUGGCACUCGUGUCGGCAUUCGCACUCCUGCUCAGGCUACCCUCGAAGUCGACCUCGAAGUCCAAGCGAAUCAAGGCGACCUCUCUGCGAAGAACUCUUCGGGUUCUCGGUGGCUCUCUUCUCUCCGCGGGCAACUUCUAUCUAGCUCUCGUGAUGACUAUCUCAGCGAUACUACGGCGCUACUACAGAAGGACAUCUCCAAGUCCUUGCCUCUCCCUGUAUCUAGCCCUCACUCGUUGUCUGGGGUCUCAAUCUUGCAAAAAAUCUUCGGUCGCUUCCGCAGCUUACCCCUAACCGGUGUGAAGUCUGUCGCCCAAUCAGGCUUGACGGACUCUCCGGACAGGGUCCUCCCGCUCAUGCGGACCCUCCGGGAGCAGCUUACUCGGGAGUGGGUCCACUCCACUCCCGGCGUAGGCGGUUCACACCACCGCUUCCUCCGCGGAACAGUAAAGCCGAAGCUUGCAAGCAACGAGAUCCCCACGAUCGUCGUCACCCCUCCAGAAGAUACCACCGAGAGCCCUGUGUUAGAGGCGUACAGCCCCGCGUCGACAUACUCGGAGCCCGACUCCCCAGCCAUCGCCACCCCGCGGCUAGACUCGUCUGCCGACCUCGACGUCCGAGUCGUUGGCGAUGAGGUAGACCAACUGCAGAUUCCGUUCCCCUCCUGGGACCCCGCUGUCGACGAAGAAGAAACUGUCAAUCUUUCCAACGUCUCCGGCGAGCUCUUCCAGCUAGGAGCGCCUCCCGCCCGCAAGACGGCGACGGCGACGGUGUCAGACAUGGCGACCUCACAACUCGACUUCAGUUCGUUCGACAUGUAUGAAGACACGUAUCCUCACCUUCUCUUCGCAAUCAAGGAGGAAGAGGAACCCGAGGAGCUCGAGACGCCGACCAGUAGCGCUGUUGCACCUCAGCUUCACUCCGCCGGACCCUUCGCAGCGACGAAACAGGUCCUACAAUCUAGCUCCACCUUUUCUACAUCCUCGGAAGACGUCGUCCAUAACGGUUCGCUGACCGCCGCUGGAGAAGAAGCUGGAUCACCGAGGAUCAUCGACGCUUGCAGUCAGUUAGACCCGGCUCCCGUCCACGAAUUCCUGCACAAGGGCCCCGCUAUCGUCACCUCAGGCGUCGACGGAUCCAUCGGCGAAGCGUCCUCUGACGAUGAGGAGGAAGAUUGGGAGAAGGCCUUCCGCCUCGGCGGUCGCCUCACUGGGGCAUUCUCCGCCCCACUCUUGAACGACAGCCUUGGCGACGACGACUUCGACGAUGACGAGUACGAACUGCCGGAAGCGGCGUACGAGGUCCUGCACAAGACAACAGGGGCGUGCGAGGUCCUCGUCCACGGCGCGCACAAGCACAUCUCCUCCCUUUCGGCGACGAUCGAAUGGUACGAAUCAGCGUCCUCGGAGACGUCCUCCUCGGAUGCGUUGUCGGAUGCUGCGUCGGACGCGGAUGCGUCGUCAGAUGCUGGGUCCGACUAUCAAGACGCUAGCAGCGACGAUGAGAGCAACUCGUCGUUCUACUCGUGCUCUGGAUCUUCGACCACCGAAGAUGACACCGCGGUGGGCGACUCGUUUUCUAGCCCCGGGCCCAAGGUGCACUCCGCGCAGCCAACCACGUUCUCCAUUCUAGAGAGCUACUUCACGCAAUGCGAGGCCGUCGCCUAAUGCGUCUAUGCGGCCCUCAAGUUCAUUCAGACCAACAGUUCUCUGCGCCGCCUACUCUGAGUACCCCCACUUCUUUUCCUGCUCUUAUAUUCUUUUUUGCAGCUACGACACGUCACUUUUCCUUCCCCGUGCGAUUAUUCUCUCGCGACUCUCAUGACUACCAUUUUACUAUCCUUUGCUUGCCCCUUCGCUUCUGAUCACCUUUUAUGUCUCAUAUCUCGU